AGACGUGUGUUUUUUUUAUUUUUCAGGUCAAAAAGAGAAAUGCCUCUAACAGAAGUGCCCGGUCACAAGAUUGGCAGUCCCAUAUUCAAGAGGAGUCCGGAUCUGACUAAAACCUGGGCCACAAAGUCCGAGCAGCUGCUGAGGAUAGAUGACCACGACUUUACCAUGCGCCCGGGCUUCGGAGGUCCUGCAGUUCCAGUUGGAGUGGACGUACAGGUGGAAAGUUUGGACGCUAUUUCAGAGGUUGAUAUGGACUUCACCAUGACGUUGUAUCUGCGACAUUACUGGAAAGACGACCGUCUGUCCUUCCGGAGCAACAACAACCAGAGCAUGACGUUCGACGGCCGUCUGGUCAAAAAGAUCUGGGUUCCAGACAUGUUCUUCGUUCAUUCCAAGAAGUCCUUCACUCAUGACACCACCACAGACAACGUCAUGUUAAGAGUCUUCCCCGAUGGAAAAGUCCUGUACAGCCUCAGGGUGACAGUGACUGCCAUGUGCAGUAUGGACCUGAGUCGGUUUCCUCUGGACACACAGACCUGUUCUCUGGAGAUCGAGAGCUAUGCGUACACUGAUGAUGACCUGAUGCUUUACUGGAAAGAAGGAAACCGCUCCCUGAACACAGACGAAAGGAUUUCACUGUCCCAGUUCCUGAUCCAGGAGUUCCACACCACCACCAAACUGGCCUUCUACAGCAGCACAGGCUGGUACAACCGUCUGUACAUCACCUUCACUCUGCGACGCCACAUCUUCUUCUUCCUGCUGCAGACCUACUUCCCUGCCACGCUGAUGGUCAUGCUGUCGUGGGUUUCCUUCUGGAUCGACCGCAGAGCUGUUCCUGCCAGAGUUCCACUGGGUAUCACCACGGUGCUCACCAUGUCCACCAUCAUCACUGGGGUCAACGCCUCCAUGCCCAGGGUGUCCUACAUCAAAGCCGUGGACAUUUACCUGUGGGUCAGCUUCGUCUUUGUCUUCCUGUCUGUCAUUGAGUACGCCGCCGUCAACUACCUGUCCACACGCCAAGAACGCAAAGAGAGGAAAGUGCGAGAAAGGUUGCCGUGUACCUGUGGGCUGGCCCAUCCUGGAAUGAUGUCGACCGGCUACAGCGAGGAGGACUUCAACACCACCGGGAACUACGGCAUGCCGGAGGAGAAUGGGGUCAAACGGGAGCGGAUGUUAGUCCAGCUGGCCAUGGAGAGCGACCAGGUUACGGGCCACGUGGGCUCCAGCGCCUACAGCAACGUGUGGAUCGACACCCACGCCAUUGACAAAUACUCCCGGGUCAUCUUUCCUGGAGCUUACAUUCUGUUCAACAUCAUCUACUGGUCCAUCUACUCCUAACAGACGCACCUGGGACAGAACUAAUGAGAGCAACACUGACAGAAGAAAGGGAAGAAAUCUGCCUCUGCGCUGGAGGUGUCCACAGAUGACCUGGUGAAACUACACUUGUACAUUCAACUUUUUUUUUUGUUUUGUUUUUAAUUUUGAAAGAAAAAGGAACAGAAACACUUUCAAAGUGCACCAAGGUGUUUAGGAAAACUGACCCC